AUGGAAGUGGCAGAGAUCCCCAUUCCUGAUGUUUCCCCUCGUGGUUCUUCCCUGGAACCGCCUGGUGAUGAUUCCGGAGGUGAUGCUGAUUGCGGCGACCAUGGCCUUGCCGCUGCCGCAGCCGAUGGGGGAGAUGAUGGGGGAGAUGAUGAUUGGGGUGAUGAUGGUGAAGGGGGUGAGUGCAUGGAAAGUGAGCAUGAGGAAGAUGAUCCGGUUGUUGAACCCGAAGAAGUCCCAAUGACAGCUCCCCCUGUGAAGACACCAGCCCCAGUGGUGGAACCCCCUGAAGAAACCCCUGUGGGAAAAGCGACCGUGGAACCCGUCAACAAGAUCCCAGCGGAGGCAUCAACGCCAGCUUUGACAUCAAGCAGCCCUGCCAACACCAGCGAGUUGAAGCAAGGACCGAACCUGAAGAAGUCAGUGCCUCUUCGCUUGGGGCAACCUCGGCCAGGAAAACCUACUGGCGAUCAUGUUAUCGAGCACACGGACAAGGGAUACCAUUGUGCGACUUGCAACCUUACCGGGUCUGACCUCAAGUGCAAACCUUGUUCGGGGAAACCGGAUAGUAGCAAGGGUCCUGGGGAGAAAGAACCCGAAGAGAAAGUUGAAGAGAAAGCCACAACCAUGGACGAAUCUGAGCUGCUGUUAGAGCAACUCUUGCAGGAAGAGUUGGAGCUUGCUCAAAUGCUUGAGGAAUCUAUGGCGUUGUCACUGACGCAGCCACAUGUGGAUGCUGUCGUGCCAGCGGACAAGGUCCAGGACCAAGAGGACCCUGAGCUUCAAAAAGCUCUUGAGAUGUCACUGCAGGACUUGCCCAAGGCAGAUUCGAAUGAGGACGAUUUGGCAGAAGCCAUCGCCCUGUCAAUGACAUGUCCAACAUCGAGUCCAGAGGAGCCAGCUGCUUCCAGCCCAGAGGCUGGAACGCAGGAUGGCGCCAUUCUUGCUGGCAAGGACCUAUACAACAUGCAGCUGAUCGUGAACAUGGGCUUCACAAAGGGUCAAGCCAUUUGGGGGGUCAAGAGGGCCAACCAAGGAAAUGGAAGUGUAGACCUUGCGCUUCAGCAUGCCUCAUGGAAGUGUGAUGCGGAAAUCCUGAUGGCAAAGCGCCAAAAGUUGGAUGAGCUGGUCUGCCAGAGCAGGCCACUUCAGCCCCAGGAGGUUGUAGGCAUGGACAACAUUGAUACUUUGCCUAUGGGGGAUACAUUGGUCGAUGCGGUCAUUGCUGCUACCCAAGAGUCAGAGAUCUUGAGAGCAAAAACCAUGACCCUAGAUGAGACCCAUGACACCGAACCUGCCCAAGCUGACAUUGCCAACCCAGCCAAGGAGGUUGAACCUGCAGAUGCUGUCGAUCCUUCAGACAAGGAUCGCCCUGAUGCGAUUUUGCAGUCCUUGCUCCCGAUCACUCCCGGGGAGCAGCGUGGGCCCAAAGGCCGGGGACGAGGCAAAGGACGUGGGCGGGGGAAAGGCCGUGGGAAAAACAAGAAGGCAGAAGGUGAGAUGGAACAUGAGGUUGAGGAACAGCAGCCAUCAGCUUCCAGCUCAUGCAAAAGAAAGAAAAGAACACCUGCGACGGACAAGACUGAAAGUACCAAAGAGACCAAGAUCACCAAGAAAGGCAAGCGAGACGCAGACACCAAAAAGGCCAAGGGAGACGCAGACACCAAAAAGGCAAAGGGAGACGCAGACAAACGCAAGAAACGUGAACCGAAAGCAAAGGCUUCCCCCAAGAAGAAAACCACGCCUGUCAAGGGGGUCCGUGCAAAGCGUGCUAGUGGCAGUAAGUCACCUGAGGAAGCAUUGAAAAAGAAGAAAUUGUUAAGCCGAAAAAGCAGUGCAUACCACACGGCCAAAAGGAAGGCCCUUCAGGAAGGGAAAACAAAGGAAGAAGCCUUGAAGUUGGCUACUGCAGUACCUUGA